GUGUGCUUGUGACAUCCCUCUACAGGUGGGACGGGGGUAAAAUGGACACGUAUUGGGACUGUGCUCGGGACGACCACGAUUUACAAUAAUAAAUAGGCAUGCAUACCUCAGAAUCCGGCUGUGUGGAGGUAGUCCAAUCGCCUUUACAGUUUGUAAUUUUGGUUUGUAGGCUAUACGUGCUGCGUCUGCCAUGGUUUCAAGACGGAUUUACUCGGCAAACUCAAAACCUUCUAAAACUACUGGAGAGGGCACAAGCUCACGGAGGCUCAUCUGCAGUCCAGGUUAUGGAGGCCCUGCUGUGGAGAGGUGUGUUGGUAGUUCUCUGCACACCCGCAGUUCUCACCUGCCCAAGUGGGCCUGCGUGUCCAGUCGUCCAGAGUCCCAGAGCCCUCUCUCUGAAUGGGCCCAACUCCUCGGCAGAGAUUCUCUGUUCCACCUCUAGGCCCAAUCCCACGGGGCUGUACCUGCGCGGACGUUUCCGUGGCAACAGAUUGGUGGCAUACCUGGACAUGAACGACGGAGCGGUAACACGAACGAGCGUCAACCCAGAGUUCGGGGGUCGUCUGGCGGUGGUCGAACAACCCGCGGACAAGGGUUGCAGUACGGUGGCCUUGCGUCUGUCUUGGCUGCGCGUGGAAGACACGGACAGCUACAGUUGCACAUGGAUGUACUUCGACAGUGUCACGUCCUCGCCGCUGGAGUUCCGGAGUAAAGGCUCCGUUAUAAUUGUCAGAGAGAGGGAUCCUAACAAGCCCUGUUUGGAUGGCUUCGUCAUGGACCUCAUCUUGAUCGUGCUAAGUUUAUUAGCCUUCGUCAUUGCAUUUUUCGUCUUCAUUGGAGCUCUGGUGUGGAAAUGCACAAGGCAGAGAAGGAGGCAGUUCACGCCUGGCAGAGUCAACAGUCGAAACAGGCCCAGGCACCCAGCACCAUCAGCACCACCAGCACCACCAGAGGUGUCCACAGCGCAGUCUCCAGCAGCUCACAGAUAGCCCUCCACAACCUCAGUACCUCAUGACAUUUCUCAGAUUUGACUUAAGAAAUACUGCAAUCAUACCUGAACUGAAUUGAGUUCCUCACAUUUCUACCUUCAUUAGGUAAAUUAUACAGCAUCUGUCUUUCCAUGAGAACCUGCAAAGUUGUCAUUUCAUAUGGCUUUUUUUCUUUCUUUCUUUCUUUCUUUCUUUUUUUUACAAUGUGGUGCACCAGUGUAUUGAGCUGUAUGUAAAACCAAGGUGAAAAGAAAUAACUGUGCUAAAAAUGAUGUGUAGCUUCCUGUAUUUGUGUCGCUACUCCACAUUUAGUGUUUUUUUGAGCAGAAAUAGAGACAUAUACCACAUCCUGCCACGAUGUUUGACGUCAAGCCUAUAGCUCACAUACUAAUAGAAAAUACAAAGCUGCAUGGUGAAAUGUAGUUGUUUCAAAAUCUUAAACCAAAUUCUUUGCACUCCAAGUCACACACACAUGCACACACCCAUAUAUAUAUGUAAUAGGCCUUGUGUUAUAAACAUUAAGGGUGUAACCUUUAUACUGCAUAAAAUAACACUGUGGACA